AUGCAACAGACCCUAACCACAGUCGACACUCAUCUCAGUCUCUCGGCUACUGGCAUUUACUUGCAAUUGAAGCUAAUUUUCAUACCCUGCAGUUCACGAAAUGAGAAUUAUAAAGACUUACGGGAAGAACUUUUAAUUCGUUGCCGCGCUUUCUCGAUAAUUGGUGAGAACAAACCUUGUUUUUGUGAUUCUCGACGCUCAAUCGCUACUUCGAUCGCUUGCUUGAUUUUUUUUCUCCUUCUCUUUUCCUCACUUCCUUCAGUCUCCUUCUCUCUUUGCAAAUCAUCCUUUCUACCGUCUUCUUGCUUCACUUUCCCACACAUCUUACCUACCAUCUUUUCCUCACUCUUCCUUACUGUAUCUUUUUUUCCCUUUACUUCUCUUUUCCACUACUUAACUCUUUUUUCUACUCUUCUUCCCGACAUUUUAACUCAUUUUCUCUUCUUCCCUCUCUUCCAUCUCCUUCUCAUUCCCACUCUUAACCCUUCGUCACUUUCCUUCUCCUUCGUACUCUUCUUUCCCUCUCUUCCUCACCCCCUGCUUUUUUCUCUCUCUAUCUCCCACAUUUUCUUAUUUUCUCAGUCACUCCUACUUUCUAUCUCUCUUCCUCUUCCUGCGUAUCUUUUUCCUUCACAUUUUCUUUCCCACUCUCUCUUACUCCCUUAUUUUCUCUCUCCGUAG